GGCGCUGGAAUGGCCACCUUUAAGUCGACAACAACAUCGCAGUCCACGAUGCUUGAGAGUAUGAGCCUGUCUGAAUCUGCCAUUAUCACUACAGCUGUCACUUUGGCGGCUAUUCUCAGGGCUGGGGUCGUGCUUUAUCGGUUAUACUUUCACCCUCUAUGCUGUGUCCCAGGACCAAAGUUGGCUGGCGCCACGAGUCUGCAUCUUCGCUAUUAUGAAGUCGUUGAAGGUGGAGGCAUUACAAAACUACUGCCCCAUCUUCACAAGGAGUAUAACUCACCGGUCAUUCGAAUCGCGCCGAACCACGUCCACAUCAACGAUAUCGAAGCAUACAAAAGAGCCUUCACCACAAAACCCUCGUUCCGCAAAUGCCCCGACUUUUACAAAUCUGCACAAGGCGUGGACACAAUUCUCACCACAACGGAUCCCCAGCGCCAUCGAGUCAUGCGGAAUGCAAUGCUUCCCCUCUUCACACUCAAAGAUAUGACCCGUACCUUCCUUAUCGGGAGAAACCAUAUUACAAAAGUCGCACAGGUGAUGGCACAUCAGGGACGCGCUGGACAGUUGUUGGAUUUGCUGGUGUAUCUUCGGGCUUUGACUGCCAAUUUCGUUGCGGGGACGCUGCUGGAUCAUCCUUCGGAGCUAGUGAGCUAUGAAGCUCCCCAGUCUGGAUGGAUAAUUGCACAGGAGUUUAUUGGUCGGUAUCGUUGGAUAUUCGCCGAUAUUCCAUUCCUGGUUCCCAUCGGGCUUUUUUUGCUUUCCGUGUCGCCGGAAUGGGUUACAGUUGGGUUUAAGGAUUUGUAUCAGCACUGUGAGAAUGUCGGCAAUAGAAUCAUAUCGACAAAAAAGGAAAAAGGAAAAGGAGCACCACAAACAGUCUUCGAUAAGCUCCUAGACAACACAUCCAAAAAGCUCACAGGCCGUGACACACUAGCACUAUUCCAACAAGCAGUCGUAUUGAUGAUCGCAGGAACAGCAAGUCCCGCCACCACACUGACAACCGCAUUGUUCUACAUCCUCAAAUCCAAAGAUAUCGAAACGCGAUUACGAAAUGAACUGACCGACCUGGAACAAAGACUGCCGGGUGGCAUCACCUCUGCAGACUUUGACUGGCGCGAACUGUACAAGCUGCCGUACUUGGAAGCCGUCAUAAAAGAAAGCCUCCGCAUCAUCCCCGCCGUCCCAGGCCUCCUCCCGCGCGUCGUCCCCUCCACCGGUCUAACCAUCGCCUCCCAGUACCUCCCCCCAGGAACCCGCAUCUCAGCAGCGCACUACGUUUUCCACCACAAUGAGAGGAUCUUCCCGAACCCAGAGAAAUUCGACCCAGACCGUUGGCUCAAUAAGUCCCCUGAAAACUUGCAACUACUGGAGCAGUAUUUUAUGCCGUUUAGUAAAGGGCCAAGGGCAUGUAUUGGGAUGAAGCAGUCGUGGGUGCUUAUGUAUACAGUUAUUGUGUAUUUGUUGGGGAGGUUUGAGAUGCAGCUUGGGGAGGAGAUGACGGGGUUUUUGGAGUGGGUUGAUGAUGGGACUGCUGUGCCGGUUGUGAAGCCGCGUGUUAGGGUUGUGGAGAGGGGCUAGUUCUUUUGGGGAGAUAGGGGAUUGGGAGGGUUGCUGUCACAAGAAGGUUUUUCCUCUUUUGGAUGGGUGAUUGUCACUAGUCAUUCAUUCUCUUCAAGGGAAGUUGGUUGUUCGUCGAUAGAUAGAGUAGUGAAACUA